AAGGCUAAACAGGAUUCAAACAUGUAUUUUGGUUAUGAAUAUCUAUUCUUUCUGACAUUCCCUCUGUUGAUGCUAACAUUCGUAUGGUUUCUGUGGUCGGAAGGUAGUGAUUAUGCAGAUGCUGUUGGUGUUGGUGCUGUGGGGCGCACGCAUUCGAGUGGUGACUUAAUCUUGGAAUUUGAUGAAUUUUCCGAUAGUGAAGGGGACAGUGACGACGAUAUUGAUGAAUAUUAUGUCGAAGAUGGUGAUUUAUUUCUCAACGUCGAGGAGCCUUUUGAGUUCGAACUGCCUGAGGUACAGUUCCGGCGGGAGCGGGAUCAAGCUGAUCUGCAGCUUUGUAAAUUAACAUGGAGGCUUUGUGCUGCCAAUUUCACAUAAACACACACGCAUACAUACAAACAUACUCAAAAAUUGGUGGCAACUGAGUGUGUUGAGAGUUCUGCGCGCGAUUUACCAAAUUUCGUUUGAAAUUACAGUUAUUA